AUGGUGACAGUGCUUAGCAUUGCUGCUAACUACUACAAUGAUUACUUCAUCGAGCGAAGAGACGACCGCACUGUGCAUCUUCCUUUGGCUGGAUCACCCGUUUACAUCGUGGGCAUUGUUUUAGCUUAUUUAUACUUCGUGCUACGCUGCGGUCCACGUCAUAUGGCGAAUCGUAAGCCGUACAAUGUUCUCCACAUGAUAAAGGCUUACAAUUUGUUCCAAAUGGUUGCGAAUGCUAUGCUGUUUCUGCGCAUUUGUUAUAAUGUUUUCAUUCUGUAUGACAAUUUUUCCUUUCGCUGUCAACCGAUCGACUACACGAGAUCAAGGGCAGGGAUGGAUGAAGUUUACUUCAGCUACGCCUACUUCUGGCUCAAGCUGUUCGACUUAGCCGAUACGAUAUUUUUCGUUUUACGCAAGAAACAAUCCCAUGUUUCGUUUCUGCAUGUGUAUCACCAUUCGUUCAUGGUAGUAACCACCUAUUGCGCUCUAGUGUUCGUUCCCGGAGGUCACGUCUUACUGCUCGGUCUGUGGAAUACACUGGUACAUGCGAUAAUGUACUUUUACUAUUUUCUCACAUCACUGGGAGCACAGAACAGCAGCGUGUGGUGGAAAAAAUAUCUCACGAGACUGCAGCUGACUCAGUUCAUACAUCUAGCAUUCCAUUUUGGACGCCCGCUGGUCAGUGGGAAUUGCAACUUCCCAUCGUUUUGGCUGUGGUACGGAUUUCUGCAGGCAAUCAUUGUGCUGGGAUUGUUUUUAGACUUUUACAUCAAAACGUACAACAAGCGCGAUAGAAAUAGUACCCCGAACAAAGUGAAAUCUGAAGUGAGAGGAAAGGUUAAUUGA